CCGUCUACAUCCUUACCUAUGGUGGAGGUAUGGUAUCUGGUGACAUAGUUUCUAUUGAAGUUGAGACUCAACAGAAUGUAAACCUGAUGCUCUUGACACAAGGCUCAACAAAAAUAUAUAAGCGAAAAAAUCGGGAGCACACCCAAAAUCAAGAAACCAUCCAUUCAGUGGGCACACAACAGAGGCUCAAUGCGCAUAUACAGAAAAAUUCAAUGCUACUUCAGUUGCCCGAGCCUACCACGUGUUUUCAUGCCGCAGACUAUUCCCAACGUCAGAAAUUCUCAUUGGAGAAUGAUACAUCUUCUGUAGUGAUUCUAGACUGGUUUACUAGUGGAAGGAUGUCACGUGGGGAGCGUUGGGAGUUUGCAAGUUAUGAAUCAGGAAUAGACUUACUAGUUGGCGAAAAAUUAAUUUUUCGUGACGUAGUAUUCCUAAAAAAUGAUUUUGAGAAUAAGGAUGUGAAUGAAAUUCAUCGUCGCUUAGAGCCCUAUGAAUGUUUUGCAACAUUAGUGAUCUAUGGACCUAAAACAAUUUCGAUAACAAAUCGUGUACUAAAUGAAUAUGAUAAAAUAGUAGUGGGUAAGACGAAUAGAAUAAUUGAUUUAACGUGGUCAGCUUCCGCGCUUUGUUUUGAAAGGGAAAAGGUAAACGGAGUGGUUAUCAAGAUAGCGGGAAUAACCACCGAAAUGGUAAGGAACUUUUUGGUCCAUGUUGCUUUGAAGGGCUUGGAUGAGAUAAUUGGUGAGAAUUUAUUUGAAAGAGCUCUAUAA